UUAGUUCGAAUCAGAUGACGUAGACUGAAGCACGGUUUUUUUUGUGCAGCUGGACAGAAAAAAAAGACAAAAUCCUCAUCAGAAACGCUUUGUCAUGUUUCUACCCCACGCGCGCGCGUGUGUGUGACAACAAUCAUUAGUCAGCAGUACACAGUCACAUGUCCUUUUAGGCCCGUUUGCAGAGCAACCGGAUGCAGUUGUUUUGAAAUUACCACUGCUCCCUCUCUCUCUCUCCCUCUCUCUCUCACAGACAAACUCACACACUCGGUUCUCGUCUGACGUCUCGUCGAGCCUGUGUCCCUGCUUAUAACAUUUGUUUUGUGAAAAUGGCUGUUAAUAAAACAUAUAUUAGUAUCGGCUAUGCCUCGUUUGGUAUACUCAUGGGGUUUUCGGCUUUCCUGGUGUGGAACAUCGCGUUCAAACAGCCGUGGACUGCAGCCAUGGGAGGACUGGCAGGUGUGCUGGCACUUUGGACCCUGAUCACUCACGUCAUGUACCUGCAGGACUACUGGAGGACCUGGCUGAAGGGCCUCAAGUUCUUCUUCUUCAUCGGGGUCUUCUUUUCUCUGUUAGCAGUCGUGGCCUUCAUCACUUUCCUAUCUAUUGCCAUCAACAACAAGGAGUCCCUGACUGACCCUCAAAGUUUCUACCUGUCCUGUGUGUGGAGCUUCAUGAGCCUGAAAUGGUCCUUCCUGCUCGUCUUGUCCGCUCACCGCUACCGCAAAGAGUUUGCCGAUAUCAGCAUCCUCAGUGACUUCUAAGGGCACUUAAAAACAUCCUGCAGUGACCACACAGACUUUGGCGUACACUCGCUGUGCUGGCUUCCCAGUCUGAGAGUCCAAUGGUGAUGGUGGACAUUUAAAGAGAAAUCAGAGAAAAAGUUGAAAUACUUUGUGUUGUGGAUGAGCACCCUGAUCCUGGUUACUCCUUUGCCUUCUUGGCCCAUACCACCUCCUCCUUUUUUAUUAUGUGUGCAGGGUUUGUUGCUGACUUGGCCACUUUACAGACAAAUCAAGCCCUAUUUUAUAUGAUCCUGUGAUAGAUUUUCCAUUUUCACUUCCUCAUCACCCUACUUAGUUAUGCAUCUUCACAAAUGACUAAAUAAAUGUAAAAUAUGGUAAGGUUUUUCAUAACUCAAUGAAGGGAAUUGCUGUGCUACAAGUAACUGUUGUAUUUUCAUGCUGUAGCCACUAGUGGGUGCUGUCCUUCCAACAGUUAAACACUAUGUACAGUAUGUGUGCUUGACCCGACUUACAUCUUUGUAUUAUGUAUAUAUAUUUUUUCUUGUUCAAUGAAUGAUGAAGAGUUGCACAAGUUUCACAUACAACGGUCGGAUGAUGAAAUCUGCACAUCACAAUGCAUCCAUCCAAUGGUGAAUACAUGAUGUACAUCAAAGCAUCGCUUUAACAGAGUGUGUCGGGGUCUUAUAGGGGGCAGGUCACCUAAAAUCCUGCAGCAUCCACAUGAAUGCAUUCACGUAAUAAGCACCACAUGUCCUGGUCUGAUAUAUUUACGAACCAGAAAGGGGCAUUUUAAUGUAAAGAAUGAUUUUUGUAUUGUAUUUUUUUAUCAGUGUGACAAACAGAAGUAAGUGCAAGUGUGAAAUUGGCGCUCAGUUAUGGCUUUAAUUUGUGACAGUAGGGACACCACUAAUGUGCAUGCAUUUUGCUUUACAUAGUAUUGUCCUCAUCUGAACCAUUUAUGGCAUUAUAUUGUAGCUUAAUGAGAUUAGUUUGCUGUAUUUCCUUUAUCUCUGCACAUUACCAUGUUAGAAAUGAAGAAUGGCAUUGUGUAUCCACAUGUAUCACAUGAUUGAAUGUAGGUAUUUGUAUAAGAAUGUGUGUGAGAGUCAAGUUAAUAAAAUAUGUUUUUUGACAUCC